CAGCGUCAUGGAUACACCACUGACCGAUACAUAUUCCAAUCCGUGCCAGAUUUUAAAAAUAUAAUCAACACCGAUGCGUCCGUCUCUUUCCAGCGUGAGCCAGAAAAUGAGGAUAGAAAAUUUCCUGUGAAUUAUUCCAGAUUACUAGCGUAUCUCGCGAACCUCGCGAAUUUUUUUCAAAAAUAGUCAUCUUCGGAAAGAUCUCGUGGGUGGUUGGUGGAAAUAUGUGAACGUUAAUCGGUGUUUAAGUUAAUUAUCAAUUACAUAACAAUGCAGGAACACGUCGUUUUCGGUGGUUCAAUGAAUAGCUCGAGUUACUGAUCGGUUGGAAAAAUCGUGCCAAGCACUCGCUAUGAGGCUUGCACCGAAUCUACUCCUCCUAACAGUAUGUCUUUUGGUGAUUGCCCCUAUACAAGCUGAGAAAAAAUCGCACGCUGCUGAAGUUCAAGAUAAAAGCACAAAGCAUCGAUAUGUCAGUGAUAACGAAAAUACGUGCAAAAGUAAAGGCUGCGAAGAACAAGAACAAAGAUCUUCCAGGUUAUCCAAGAAGGAUAACAAAGGCAAAGAUCUUGAGGAUCGAUUAACAGAAACGAUUAGGGAAACUGAACAGAGACAAAAACAGAACAAAAAGAGCGCUAAAAAGUUGGCUAAAGAUGAAGAUGAACCACGAAAAGCGUUUUUUGAACGGAUGAGAGAAAACAUACAGAGCGUACUCAAUAGGCUUCAUCGAAAUGAUGACGACGAUGAGGAAACACGUACACAGAAAAAAACACCGAAAAAAGGCGAAUCGAAUAAAGGACAGAAGUCUAAACGAAACGAUAAUGACUCAGAAGAAGAUGAUAAAAGGAAUGUGGCCGAUUUUCGGAGUAAAGGUGAUGCGAAUAAAAACAAAACUAGAAUCAUCAGUAAGAAAGAUAAACGAGAAUCUGAUGACGGCGAUGUUGACGGCUCAGCAAAGAAAAGAACUAAAAAUAUCGUUAAGGCAAAUGCGAGAGAUGAUGAUAACGAUAGUGAUGAAGACGAUCAAGUUAAAAAGGAAGUUAAAGUUGUUAGCGGAAAAAGUCAGACUGAUGUAAAGAAUCGUGCUGGAAAAGGCAAAACAAAAUAUGAAAAGUCAAGGACUAUUAGCAAAGAAAUUGACGACGAUAAUGACGAUGAUGAUGGCGACGAUGAUGAAAAAAGAAGUAACAAACAAAAUAGGCCAAAGACAAGAGUAAUAGGCAAUAAGAGCAAAAAGGGUAUUAGAGGACAACAAAAUGAACACGAUCAAGCGGAAGACGUAGACAGUGAUGACGAUGAUAAUGAGAAAGACAGUAAAAUUAAACCCUCACUUGAUGCACGCAAACAAAACAGACCAAUGACAAGGAUAGUAGGCAGAAAGGAGAAAGGACACACUAAAAAUGUUAAAGAUAAAGGCAAAGAUGAAGAUAGCAACGCUGAUGAUGAUGAAGAUGAAGAUAAUGGAGACGAUGAUGAUGACAACAGCGAUGAUGAAGAGGAAGACAAGAAAAUUAAACAUCUAUUCACUACAGAUAAACAGAAUAGGCCAAAGACAAGAAUAAUAAGCAAAAAGAACAAAGGAAGAGCUAAAAAAGGACAAAAUGAUGAUGAUGAUGAGGACGAGGAUAGCGAUGAAGAUGAUGAUAACGAUGACGAAGAUGCUGACGACGAUAAUGAUGAAGAUGAUGACGAUGCUGAUGAUUCUGAUGAUGAUGAAGAAGAGAAACAAAGAAUUUCCAAAGUAAGAAUAAUAGGAGGCAAAGGAAAACUGAAAGCUAGAGAUAAGAAACAAGAGAAUGAUGAGGAUAGCGAAGAAGAUGACGAUGACGAUGAUAGUGAUGAAACAACAAACGUACAGAAGAAAAUAAAGAGCAGAAUAAUAAGCAAAAAGGAUAAGCUGAUGGCUGCAAAGCGAAAGAACGAGCUAAGUGAUGAUAGUGAUGACGAUGAUGACAGAACAAAAAAGCAUUAUCGAUCUAAGACAAGGAUAACAAGCAAAACGAGAAAGCUAAAGUUAGAAGACGAUACAGAUGAUGACGACGACGAUGAUAACGAUAAUGAUGAUGAUGAUGGUGACAGCGAUGAUAAUGAUGAAAGUGUUCAAAAAAUAAAAAACAGGCCCAAAACGACAAUAAUAAGCAAAAAGAAGAAACUUGGGAUCGAACAUGGCAAACGUGAUAAAGGUGAUGAUGACGAUGAUCAUGAUGAAGACAGUAAUGACAAUGACGAUGGUGAAAAAAUAGAGAACAGACCCAAAACAAGGAUCGUGGGCAGAAAAAGCAAAAAAAGAGUGGGAGAUACAAAACACGAUAAAUAUGAUGACAACAGUAAGAACGAAGAUGACGCUGAUAAUGACGAUGACGACGACAGUGAUGAAAAAGCCGACGAUGGUCAAAAAGCAAAGAAUAGACCUAAAACGAAGAUACUAAGCAAACAGAACAAGCUGAGAAAAGAGAAUAGGAGACACGAUAAAGAUGAUGAUGACGAUAGUGAGGAGAGUGACGAUGAUGAUGAUCUACAAGGUAAACCAAAAACAAGAUUAAUAAGUAAAAUAGCCGAAAUUAAAUCCAGAAAAGGAAAAAUUGCUGAACAUAGCGAUGACGACGAUGAUGAUAAUAAAGGUAAGAACAAAGCCAGAGUGGUAGAAAGUCAGCUCAAAAUGAAGCAUCGUCAUAGGGAUGAUAAAGAUGAUGAUAGUGACGAUAAUGAUGAUGAUGAUGAAGGGAUCAAAACCAGAAAACCGCUCAGGAUAAUUGGUAAAGCAAGCAAGCAUUUUACAAACAGUACUUUGAAAAACUUUGAUCAUACUUAUCAUGGUCAUUACCAAGAGAAUGACAAAUUAUCCGCUAAGAAAAGCAAGCUAAAGGUGGUGGAUGAUGAGAAGGUAUCAACAAGGCUGGAGCAUAUACAUCGUAGGCCCAAAGCUAGUAAACAUGAAGUGAGUGACAACGAUGAUGACGAUACAACGGAGAAAAAAACUGAAAAGAGGCACCAAAAAUCACACAAACAGCAAAGCAUGAAGAAACCUAAAUACGAUGAGAGUCACUCUGAAGACCAUGGCAACUUGAAGGGAAAGCGCAGUAGCAAAGGUGGCAAAAAUGAUAAAAAUUACGGAGAUGAUGAAGACGACAACGAUCAUAAUGAUGGCAAUGAUGAUGACGACGAAGACGAAGAUAAUGAAGAUGAUGAUGGUAGCGAUGAUGAUGAUGAAGACGAUGAUGAUGAAGACUAUGAUGAUGAAGACGAUGAUGAUGAAGACGAUGAUGACGAAGACGAUGAUGAUGAAGACGAUGAUGGCGAAAACGAUAAGAACGCUCAUCGGAAAAAUGGGCAGCAGCCAUCUCGAAAAUCUCAAGGAUCAAGAAAAUCUGCCAAAGAUGAAGAGGAAGAUUUAAGCAAGAAGAAAGUUAAGGAGAAGGCAGAGGAACCUUCAAAUGAAGGCAAAAUACAGUACAGUAUCAAGUUCGCCCACGAAAAAGAUAAGCCAACGAAUACCACCGAAAUUGACAUGUUCGUGAGAAAAAUACAUGGGCUCGAGAAAAAGAAAAAGGGCAGAUUCCAAGAUGACGACUAUGAUUUCGAAUCAAGCGAAGAAGAUGAUAUUCCGAAACGGCUCCACUUAUUUGAUGACGACGAAGAUGACUACUGAAGUCUGAAUGAAGAAUUCCUACUAAUUUUCCCAAUCUUGUCCAAUUGUUGAUUAUUCCAUUAGUAUUGUUGUUCCAAGUAUUUUUACAAUAAAUAUUUUAUUACCUAUACCUCGAACGUUUCAUUAUUAGCGUUGAGUAUGCCUGUAACUUAUUCAUGUAGGAUGAUCAUUAAGAAAACAUGAUUUUUUUCAGUUUCACGACAUAGUCUAAUCAUAUUAGACGCAAAAACCCCUGGCUUGCGAAAUAAUUGCAAGGUUUUAUUGAUGCAAGUUGUUCAAGAG